AUUGCAUUAACAUAAAUUUUGUACACCAUCACCGAAAUGGGCAAAUAAAAGUGAAGUGGAAAUUCAUCGGCGCGCCAAUCGCAAUGGCGAUCUACUCAUAUGUAGAACGAAACGAAACGCGGCAGAUAGAGAGAGAAGAGAAAUGAAAAGAAAAGAGAGAGAGAAAGGGAGAAACAACAACAACGGCCACAGAGCGGCACAGACACAGUGAGAGGACACACAAUCGAGAACAAGCCAGCGUGCAGAAAAUCAAUCGAAAAAUUAAAUUAUUAAUCAAGAAAAUAGUAUGAAAUUGGCGUCUACUAUUAUUACGUCGAUGUUAUCGGUGCGAAACACACAAAGUGAGCGAAGAAAACGAACGACAAUGAGUGACAAUCAAGAGGCUGAAUCCGCCAAAUUAUUGGUGCGUUAUAAAAAUGAAACCUUUGAUUUGACACAAUUUGCACACAAACAUCCAGGCGGUAAAAAUACACUAAGUGCAGCACUUAAUUCCGAUAUUGAUUACAAAUUCGAAACGGCAAUGCCACAUUCACAAGCAGCCAAAUACUUAUUGAAAGAAUACCGUGUAUCAAGCCAAAUAAACAACAACAAUAACUACAACGACCACGGCGGCAAUAAUGAUGACGACGACGUCGACGAAAACAGCCGCCACAAUAAAUUCGAUAGUGAUGUAUUGAACGAGCAAAACAGUUAUGAAGAAAUUUUCAAGCACAAACCGAAUGGGCGUGACGAUAGUGCCGAACAUCUUAUAAGAACUGACGAUAGCAUGGAGCAUUUAGUUGAUUGGUCGCGUGGCAUGAUAGCGCAGAUUGGCAGCCUUGGCGUUAAUUACAGCGAAUGGGUGAAUAAGCCUGUCGACCGGCCUUUGCGAUUAUUCGAUACAACUCUAUUAGAGAUGCUAACAAAAACACCAUGGUGGCUAGUGCCGACAUUCUGGAUCCCGAUCAUUGUUUUUCUGAUAAAGAUCGGCAUUAAUGAUGCACACAGCAAACACAACAGCAAUGGAUUCAUCGUAUGGCAACUGGCACUCGGCAUAUUUUUAUGGACAUUACUGGAAUAUUCGUUGCAUCGUUGGGUAUUCCAUUUGGAUUCAUCGCAUCAGAGUGGCACUGUGUGUACGUUUCAUUUUCUACUGCAUGGACUCCAUCACAAAGUACCGUUCGAUCCAUAUCGACUGGUAUUUCCACCGUUUCCAGCCACUAUCUUAGCCACCAUUAUUUAUAUACCCAUUCAAGUUUUUCUACAUAAUCCAAAGCUUAUUUUUGCUGGUGGGCUGUUUGGUUACCUAUGUUAUGACAUGAUGCAUUACUACAUUCAUCAUGGUAGCCCAUCCGGUGGACAUCUGUAUUACAUGAAACGCUAUCAUUAUCAGCAUCAUUUUGUGCAUCACGACAAGGGGUUUGGCAUCAGUAGUUCGAUGUGGGACGAAGCUUUCAAUACACGAAUCAUUCUGCGAAAACUGAAAUACCUCCUGAAAUGGUGAACAUAAGUCAAAUUCGAUCACUAUUCCUUGUUCUUGCGCUAUACUCUAGUUUCUAACAAACUUUGUUCCAAACGACAACAAAAAAAAACCAACAAUGUAAAACGAUCGACUUAUAUUUGCAUUUUGAUUUUUAUUCUACUACGUCUUUGUGUUAAUAAUUUGUCUUAAAAACUAGAAAAAAAAAUUCGAUUUUUUUUUUAAUUUUUCAACAACCAAAUUCGAAUGAAACAGAAGACAAAAAAAAAAUCUAUGCUUUUUCCACAAAAGUUUCCAAAGCACUUUGUGUGUCCGUGUGUGUUUUUGUUGUUAUUGUUAUCAUAAGUACAAUUAUUUGUUUUUUUUUUUUUAAAUAUAAGAAAUCAAAAGAUAAAUACAAUAGAAGAAAAUAAAUAGUUUUUUUUUUUAAUGCA